AUGUCCAAGUCGCCCGUGACCUGCCACGUGCUCGACUCGUCGAUAGGCAAGCCUGCUGCGGGCGUACCUGUCCAGCUCCAGGAGCUCACCUCGGCCGAUGGGCCCACGGCGGGCUUCCGGGUCCUCGCUGAUGGGGUGACCGAUUUCGACGGCCGCUGCAUGCAGCUGUACCCGGAGGCCGCGCCUGACCAGCGCCGUGAGGACCUGAUCAAGCUCGAGGCAGGGAAACUCUACAAGGUCGUCUUCAGGACGAGGGACUACUUCGCGAGCGUGGGCCGCAAGUCUUUCUACCCGUGGGUCGAGAUCACCUUCGAGGUUCCCAACCCUCAGGAGCAUUACCACAUACCGCUACUCAUCAGCCCGUAUUCUUACACGACCUACAGGGGCAGCUGA